GAAAGUACGUUGUCAGAAUUUUUGACCAGUGAAAUCGACGCUGAAAAGGAGGUAGCAGAACAAGAACUACAUGGUCAGGGUGUACCUCAUAUGGAAGGGUUCAAGGUUUCCACCAAUGAAGAUCAGGUUACUUUAACAAAAGAGAUUGGAAAGGAAACAAUUACUGUAAAGUUCAACGUCAGUCUCUGCGUCGAUUCGGAAGCGAUGUCUGGUAGCAGCUCAGAACAAGAGAAGCACCGAGAAGAAUCACCUGCGAUCACAUGUAAACCUCCGUUUACCGUUUUCAUUGCGAAAGACAAGCAGAACCUCGUUUUUGAAUGUGAAUUUGUACAACCGUAUGAUGAGGAGGAAUUGCGAUCCGCCGGCGAACAUUUGGCCGAUUCUUUCAACAUCGAGGAGAUUUACACUUUUACCGAUGAAGUAACCGAAGAAACUUACUCCGUACGAGGGGAUAUUAUCGAUGGGGAGCUGUACGACAAUCUCAUGGAAUACCUCAACGAACGAGGAAUCAAUGGUGCAUUUGCACAGAACCUGAUCCGCUUUGCUACCCAUUACGAGCACGCGCAGUACAUUUCGCUUCUUCAGAAAAUGCGUGCGUUUGUCAGCAGCUAG